CUCGCUCUCGGGUCUCCUGAGCUACCACAGGAGAGGAGGAAGACGAGCUGAGGCUGGGGAAAAGCCGCCCGGGCAAGCUGCAACUGGAGUGUGCUGCUCACAGACACAAACACCCCGCUGCGCCUGGCGCUUGCCGCCUCGCUCGGUUCCUUCCCAGCGGGGAACCUUCUCCCUUCGCAAAAGGCGGCGGCGGCGGCGUUCUCAUCAGCGGCAAGAGCAACCGCCUCCAAUACUCUUCGCCUCUUCCAGCCCAGCCACUCGUUGGGAGUUCUUAAGCAGUUUGUUGCCUCUGGGAAGGUGGGCGUCGUAGGGUUUUGUUUUACAUUGCGAGUUCUAGGGGGAGAUGUUGUACAGCCCUUCCUCUUAUGGAAGUUAAAGGAAGCCAGGCUGCAGCUUGAAAUGAUUUCGGGGAGGAAAAAUGAGAAGCAGCAGACUUAAAUUAAGCCCAUGAUUUUCGACCUCCUUCCCCGCCUUCUCUCCGGAGUGCCAGGAACUUUGAGGGAGGGGGGAGACUUUCUAAGAAAAGAAACCUCUCUUUGCUCAAGAAAUCCGUUGCCUUUUGGCUGCAGCGGAGAGUCUUAGCCACGCUUGAACAAUUUAUUUGCCUCGGCUGGAUUGGUGGGAAUUUCGGAAAGGAAAACCAGGGCGGUGGAGAUUGCCUGCCCUCGCAUUUUUUCCCUCCCCCACGCGGCUGAUCUUCACGGGGGUGGCACUGUCCCAUUCAAGCCUUUUCCUCUUCGCUGCCUUUGAACAUAUCUAUAGCUCCCAGGGGGUGAGGUGGGGGGGACACCAAGUUUUUGCACUUUGGGGACGGCUACUUUUUCUCUGGUUCUUCCUGGAAUUGGAUUGCCUUUGAAUAUGCUAAAAUGGGGCUGCUGACGGCUGUCCUGCUUUUCGGAUUUGUCCAUUUUCAAGUUGAUGGAUCUCGUCUUCGCCAGGAAGACUUUCCUCCACGAAUAGUAGAGCAUCCAUCUGAUGUUAUUGUUUCUAAAGGAGAGCCUACAACUUUGAACUGCAAGGCUGAAGGAAGACCAACUCCCAUUAUUGAGUGGUACAAAGAUGGAGAGCGUGUGGAGACUGACAAAGAUGACCCCCGUUCACAUCGCAUGUUGCUUCCUAGUGGAUCUUUAUUUUUUCUAAGAAUUGUACAUGGACGCAGGAGUAAACCAGAUGAAGGAAGUUAUGUUUGUGUUGCCAGGAACUAUCUGGGGGAAGCUGUGAGUCGUAAUGCAUCUCUGGAAGUAGCAUUAUUACGGGAUGAUUUCCGCCAAAAUCCUACAGAUGUUGUUGUGGCAGCGGGUGAACCAGCUAUCUUAGAGUGCCAACCUCCUCGAGGACAUCCUGAACCCACUAUCUACUGGAAAAAAGACAAAAUCCGAAUAGAUGAUAGAGAAGAGAGAAUAAGUAUACGAAGUGGAAAGCUCAUGAUUUCAAAUACAAGAAAAAGUGAUGCUGGAAUGUAUACAUGCGUCGGCACAAAUAUGGUGGGAGAACGGGAUAGUGAUCCUGCAGAACUUACUGUUUUUGAACGACCCACAUUUCUGAGAAGACCAAUCAACCAAGUGGUUUUGGAAGAAGAUGUUGUUGAGUUUAGAUGCCAGGUACAAGGCGAUCCUCAGCCAUCAGUUCGCUGGAAGAAAGAUGACAUUGAUUUGCCAAGAGGAAGCAGAUACGAUAUCAAAGAUGAUUACACCUUGCGUAUUAAAAAGGCUGUGAGCUCAGAUGAAGGAACAUACACAUGCAUAGCUGAAAACAGAGUUGGAAAAGUUGAGACAUCUGCAACUCUUACAGUUCGAGCUCGUCCUGUUGCACCUCCACAGUUUGUGGUAAGACCACGUGAUCAGAUAGUUGCCCAGGGAAGAACAGUAACAUUCCCAUGUGAAACUAAAGGAAAUCCUCAGCCAGCAGUAUUUUGGCAAAAGGAAGGCAGCCAGAAUCUUUUAUUCCCGAAUCAGCCUCUCCAGCCUAAUGCCAGGUAUUCUGUGUCACCAACUGGAGAUCUUACUAUCACAAAUAUUCAGCGGGCUGAUGCAGGAUAUUACAUCUGUCAAGCACUCACAGUUGCUGGAAGUAUCUUAGCAAAAGCUCAGUUGGAAGUUACAGAUGUUUUAACAGAUAGGCCUCCACCCAUCAUUCUCCAGGGACCUGUAAACCAGACAUUGGCUGUAGAUGGAACAGCUUUACUGAAGUGCAAAGCUACUGGUGACCCAAUGCCUGUUAUCAGCUGGCUAAAAGAAGGAUUUACUUUUCUUGGCAGAGAUCCAAGGACAUUUAUACAAGAUCAAGGAACCUUGCAAAUUAAACCUUUACGGAUAUCUGACAUGGGCACAUACACUUGUGUUGCCACAAGUUCAAGUGGGGAAACAUCUUGGAGUGCUGUGUUGGAUGUUACAGAAUCUGGGGGAGCAGCAGUUAGCAAAAAUUAUGAUUUAAAUGAUCUUCCUGGACCACCAUCCAAGCCUCAGGUCACUGAUGUCACUAAGAACAGUGUCACCUUGUCUUGGCAGCCAGGCACACCUGGGAACUUACCAACAACUGCAUAUAUCAUUGAAGCUUUUAGCCAGUUGGUGAGCAAUAGCUGGCAAACAGUGGCUAAUCAUGUUAGAACAAUUCCUUACACUGUGAGAGGACUCCGUCCAAAUACCAUCUACCUGUUUAUGGUGAGAGCUAUCAAUUCACAAGGGUUGAGUGAUCCCAGCACCAUGUCAGAUCCUGUCCGAACCCAAGAUAUCAGUCCACCAGCACAAGGAGUGGAUCACAGACAAGUCCAAAAAGAGCUUGGUGAUGUAAUUGUGCGACUACAUAAUCCUGUUGUGCUUACCCCUACCACAAUUCAAGUGACCUGGACGGUUGAUCGCCAGUCACAGUUCAUUCAGGGUUAUAGAGUUAUGUAUCGACAGACAUCAGGCCUGACUUCCCCUUCUGCAUGGCAGACUGUGGAAAUCAAUGUCCCAACAGAACGGAGUGCUAUCCUUAUCAAUUUGAAAAAGGGGGUUACAUAUGAUAUCAAAGUUCGUCCAUAUUUCAAUGAAUUUCAAGGGAUGGACAGUGAAUCAAAAUCUGCACGUACCACUGAGGAAGCCCCUAGUGCCCCUCCACAAUCUGUUACAGUUCUGACUGUUGGAAACCACAAUAGUACCAGUAUCAGUAUUUCCUGGGAUCCACCUCCUCCAGAUCACCAAAAUGGAAUCAUUCAAGAAUAUAAGAUAUGGUGCUUGGGUAAUGAAACAAAAUUUCAUAUCAACAAGACUGUUGAUGCAGCUAUCCGUUCUGUAAUUAUUGGAGGCCUAUAUCCAGGAAUUCAGUACAGAGUGGAAGUUGCAGCAAGUACUAGUGCUGGCACUGGUAUUAAAAGUGAACCACAACCUAUAAUCAUCGGAGGGCGUAAUGAAGUCAUCAUCACUGAAAACAACAAUAGCAUAACAGAACAAAUUACGGAUGUUGUCAAGCAACCUGCCUUUAUUGCUGGAAUUGGUGGUGCUUGCUGGGUUAUACUCAUGGGUUUCAGUAUCUGGCUCUAUUGGCGCAGAAAGAAGAGAAAGGGCCUUAGCAAUUAUGCAGUCACUUUUCAAAGAGGAGAUGGCGGACUUAUGAGCAAUGGAAGUCGGCCAGGCUUGUUAAAUGCAAGCGAUCCAAGUUAUCCUUGGCUUGCAGAUUCUUGGCCUGCUACCAGCCUUCCUGUUAACAACAGUACCAAUGGACCAAGUGAUCUUGGGAAUUUUGGUCGUGGAGAUGUGCUACCUCCAAUGCCAGGGGAUAAAACUGCCACAAUGCUUUCUGAUGGAGCCAUUUAUAGCAGCAUUGACUUCAGUACCAAAACUAGUUACAAUAGUUCCAGCCAAAUAACACAAGCUACUCCAUAUGCCACAACACAAAUACUGCAUUCCAACAGCAUCCAUGAAUUGGCAGUUGAUUUACCAGAUCCUCAGUGGAAAAGUUCAAUUCAGCAGAAAAGUGACUUAAUGGGAUUUGGUUACUCUCUUCCAGAUCAGGGCAAAAGCAACAAUGGUGGGAAAGGAGGAAAGAAAAAGAAAAACAAAAAUACUCCCAAGACUCAGAAAAAUAAUGGCUCUACCUGGGCCAGUGUUCCUCUCCCACCUCCUCCAAUACAUCCGCUUCCAGGAACAGAGUUAGAACACUAUGGGGUGGAUCUACAAGAACAAGGGUACAACAGUGAUGAUUGGUGCCCACCUUUACCAGUCCAAACAUAUUUGCAUCAGGGAAUGGAGGAUGAACUUGAAGAAGAUGACAGAGUUCCUACACCUCCUGUCCGAGGAGUGGCUUCUUCCCCUGCAAUCUCUUUUGGACAACAGUCUACUGCAACAUUAACUCCCUCUCCCAGAGAAGAAAUGCAACCUAUGCUUCAGGCCCAUCUUGAUGAGCUGACCAGGGCAUAUCAGUUUGAUGUAGCAAAGCAAGCAUGGCACAAUCAAAUCAAUAUUCAACCACCCCAGACUCCAGCUCCCCCAUUAGGAUAUGUCUCUGGAACAUUAAUAUCAGAUUUUGAAGCAGACAUUCCAGAGGAUGAAGAUGAGGAUGAUAUUGAAGAAGAGGCUAUAGAAAUCACAAGGCCAUUACGAGACCUAGAGCAUAGUUCAGGCUGCAGCAUGGACAAUCUUGACAGUUCUGUGACAGGCAAACCACAUUCUGCUUCUCAGAAACUUCGCCCAACCAGCCCAUUUUCUACUGACAGCAAUACUAGCAUAAUCCAGAAUCAGAGUCAAAGGCCUAGGCCUAAUCCUACCAAAAAACAGCCAUCCUUGCCUCAUCGUAGAGAAGGCAUGGCAGACGAUCUUCCACCACCACCAGACCCACCUCCUGGUCAGGGAAUGAGGCAACAGAUAGGUACUGGCCAACGUGGGGGUUCAACAGAAAGAAAAGGAAGCUCUUUAGAGCGACAGCACACAACCAACAUAGAUGAAACAAAGUGUUCUUUGGAUCGUCAAGCUAGAACAUCACUAGAGUGGCAACGGCAAACCCAGGAUUGGCUAACCUCCACAGAACUUCAAGGCCAGCAAAAGCAAGCCUUUGGAUCAGAAGAGACAUUGGUGCCAUAUAGCAAGCCUAGCUUCCCAUCCCCAGGUGGUCACAGCUCUUCAGGUACAGCAUCUUCUAAAGGAUCAACUGGACCCAAAAAAGUAGAUGUCAUGAAAGGAGGUCAUCAGCGCAACAUGAGCGACCUCAUUGAUGUAGGAUAUAUUGGAUUAAACAAUCAAGGACAGUUUUCUGAUGAAUUAUAGUAGUUGAAAAGAAACAUCUCCAGCUGCUUUCAAGGCCAUCAAGUCUCAACUCAUGGAAGUGAUGACACUAAACAGUGCAAUGAACAUUUUCUUUAUUUAUGUACUUACUAUUAAAGGAACUGUAAAUGCAAUGUAAAGAAACACAGCCACACAUAUCCCACAGAUAUUCUGCCCGUGUUCUUCUUUUACACCUUUCACUUUAAACUCUUUCUUAUUAAGCAUAUAUACCAGGAAAAAAAUCACCCUGCAGGGUGAAAUAAAUUUCCCUUGUACAUAAUUUCUUUUUCUUGCAUUGCUAUGCAAACUCACCUUCAUUUAGCUAUGUUCAUAUUAUUGUCUGUCCUUCUUGGUCUGUUGUACUAUAUGUGAAUUAAUAGGCUGUGGUGCCAUAUAAUAACUUUUAAUUGUGUAACAUUUUAUGUUUGAAGUUUGCACUGCAAUUUUUUGUUGGUGAUAAGCACAAAACUUUUAUGCCUCGUGUCAUGAAGAAGAAGAAGAUUGAAUGUGAAAGGAGUCUAUGUACUGUAAGCUAUGUUGGAUAAUGCUGGAUGUAAUGAAUUAUGUUAGGUGGUUUUCCAUUUGGGUGUAGAAUUAGGAAGAUGACUGGCAAAACUGAUGUUAGCAAGAGUUGAUUGGGACAUCAGGAAUGGAAUACCAUCUGAAAUCGCAAGUAAUGUUGCUUUUAUCGUUUAAAGAAAAAGGUCAAAUGAUGGAAGUAUCAGUUUCAAGAUCAGAUUAGAAUAUGAAAGCCUCCUAUCUUCUUAGUAUCAGUUUUUCAUUUAUUCAGUACAGUUGCACUCACUACAAAGGAAGGAAGUUAAGAUGUUUCACUAAAGCUGUUUUUAUACUACUUUUUAUUUUAGAAAAGAGUAUUAUAGUUGAUUUGCUCUUCCAUCUGAAGGUAGAGAUCCAGUAUGAACCAUAUGAAGGUAGAAAAAUACUUAGCAAGACUUAAAGAUGCAAUUAUCAUUGAGAUAUCCAAGCUGCUUCCAAAAAUCUACAGUAUUCAUCUUUUCAAUACGUGCAGUAAAGAUGAAGAUGUAGAGCUACGUCACUUGAAAUCCAUGAUCUAAUUUUUCUUAUGCAACUAAUACAUAAUUUUGCUGUAUUAUUAUCUGAAGCUGUAAGACAUUGAAACCCAUUUCAUUUGUAUUUAAAUCUUGGGUUACAGUAAUUGAAAAGAAAGAUAUGGCAUAUUCAUGCUCAGUUUUAAAUCAAGGUGUUUCUUUUUACCAAUUCACUACAUUACAGGAAACUGGUUUCAAAAAGGAAAAGAAGACAUCUUUGACCUAUUUUUGAUGACUAAAUUUCAAGCCUCUUCUUACAAAAACAAUGCAUGUUUAUACACUUUUUAAAUAAACCAAACUUGCUGUAAGUGGACAUUAACAAAAGCAUCCUGUCUCAUCAUUAAUUUUCAUGACGUUCUCCAGCUACUUGCCAGUUUUUCACAUCUUUGUUAGAAAUAUUAUACAUGUAUUCCAAUGCAUUAAAUAUUUUAUUUGAAGUUUACAUCAAAAAGCUUACCUUAUUCAUUCAUAUCAUUAUUACAAACAUUCAUAUACGCAAUUAGUUCCUAUUGUUUAUACUUUGCCUUGAUGAUCAUAUUACUGUUAAACAAAACACUUCUUGAUCAAGCAAAGAAAUAUGCGUUCUUUUUCAUUACAUUACUUUAAGAAUGUGAUAAACUAAAAUAUUUUUAGUAUAAAUGGUAAAUCAAUAUUGCAAUAAUUAUUUCUUUUUAUUUUAAUUUAGUUCAGAGUAUUGGCAAAUCAGAAACAAAGAAAGAUGCAUUGAAUCAGAAUGCAUGGAAGUUAUGUAAAAUGCUCAGUAAUUGAAAUGUUGGCCAGACAUAGAACAUUCAUAAAUGUAAAAAAAAACCAUUUUUCUAUCCUGAAUUCUGUAUAUUAAAAAUGAAUAUAUAUAUGCUAGUAUAAGUAGAAUGGAUACAAAAAAAUCUUAAUAUAGUUUCAUAUAAUAACGAUACAAAAAGCUGCUUUGAAGGAGAAAAGAACUCAUUCUACUCACAGCCUACCAAAAAUACAGCUAUGUUUGGUUUGGAGCAAUUUUAAUGUACCUGUAGCCAGGGAUUUUUCAAUUAAAUAUUUCACAACACCAAUCAGUUAAAAGUGACAAAGGAUAUUGAAUUUGUAUCAUAUAUCACCUUAAUUAUUACACAUUCCUUUCUUACUGUGAAAUACUGGAAUUGUGAUGUACCGAUGUACCAAUAGCUAGGAUAUGGGAUACAAGUCCAUUGCACAAAAACAUGUAGCUACCAAGUCUUGCAAGAUUUGACAUAACCCAUGUAUUCAAAUGUCAAGCAGUCUUUGCCAAUAUUAUCUGUGAACCCCUAUGUGUUAGUACUUAGGCACCAAAUCUCAUGAAUUUUCUUGUGAGAAAGUCACAUUGCCAACAAGGUCUUUUCCCCUUAACCUCAACUUGAGAGAUUUCUAUGACUUAAACAGGCUUCAAGUUACAAUCAGAAUAUAUUUGCCUUGAUUCUUGUUGCAACGUGCAGUUUUAUAACUGAAAACUUGUGUAACUUUUUUAAAUCCACAGAGUGACUGCAACUAACAUCUAGGAAAAAGUAGGUAUGUAUUAAAAUUACAGUGAAAUCUGAUUUGUAGAAAUUCAGGAUGCAUAACUUUACAAGACAAGUGUGUAUUUUGGAUAGAUCUGGAACUACACAUUUGAAAUCCUAUUCUAAAAGAAAAUAUAAAUUGGGAUUUAAAUAAACGUCCAAUAUUCACACUUUAAAUUAUCAUGGAUUGGAUUUAAAUUUCAUUUACAUAUUACAGUAGAAUUGUAGCCAUUUCAAUACUUAGAUCCAUGGUAUUAACACUAGUAUUUAUCCUUUCUGUCCUGUUUGAAGUUAAUAAUUCCAUGGCUAUUAUCAUGCACUUUCAUGCCAAUCUUAUUAGGUAGCAUGCUAACAGUACUGAAUAUACUGAAAUAUAUUCCUCUUGCUAAAUUGAGUGAGCUAUGAAAGUGGCUUCAACCAUACAUUUCCAAGUACUGUAAAAAAUCAGACUUAAUGGCUUAUCCUAAGUGCAAUAUGUAAAUGAUAGAAUCUUCAGAAAUCUAUUCAAGAUAAUGUGAUAUAUCACAAGUUUUCAAGAUGCAACAUAAAUUUAAAGGAAUAUAACAAUAUUUGAUAUUGUUAUAUUUGAUAGCUCACUGUUUAUACCUUGAAUUUUAUAUAGUAUGAUCUUCCUGAGUAUUUUAAUUGGUUUUAGAAAUAUGUGUUGAGCUUUGGUGGAACACCUUAUUGGCCAAUUGUUCUUCACAAUACAAUGUGAACAAAAGUAGCCAUCCCAGACUCUUCGUUAAAUGUCUUGUUUUUUUAGUUCCAAUUUUGUAUCAGUAAAAAACAAUCAGUUAAAAUACGUAGUGCUAUAAUAUCAGUCUAUUAUUCACUACUAUAGAAUUAUCUUUACAUUAUUCUUAGGAUGCUUUUAAAAAGAUUUAAUGUUUAACAGAUGCUAUUACUUUAUCUCUUCUUUCUCUCCCUAUUUCUCAUUAUGUAGUGUACUUCAAAUAAUCACAGAACCUAUUUUUUAAAAUGUGCAAUUUGCCUUUUUUCUUUUUUUAUAAUUGAAGGAAACUUUUUUAUAAUUGAAAAUAUUUCUUAUUCAUAAUGUGUCUAAAGAAAAGGAAUGUGGUGGCAGCUCUUAAAACUGUUUUCUAAUUUUUUUAUAUAAAAUGAUUCAGUUACAACAGUUUUUUCAGUCACAUACACACAAAGAAGAUGACCUCUUAAUGUGUUUCAUGUGUUAGUGAAGCAAAGUUUAAUAGGCAUAAAGUUGGUUAAUCGUAAUGUUAAGUGUGUAUUGUAUAUCUACUGGGGAAAAUAAACUUCCACAUUUCAAAAAAAAUUAAAGAAAUUUUAUUUAACACACUCAAUAUUUGAUUGCAUGAACAUAACAUUGCAAUUUUAUUCCUAAAAUGUACUGUUGCAUUUUUCUGUACCCCUAAAGUAUCAUUUCAUAGCUAUUCUACUGAAAUCCAGACUGAAAAUGGCACCCUAUUAAAAGUCUUCCUAGCAAACACUAUAAAUGUAUCAGAAAAGCUGUUGUAUCAUCCUUCUCUGCCCUUGCUACCAUGGUACCUGAUAGAGAAUGAAAACCAGCUCCCUUAAUUUAGUUAUGUGACUUAGGACUGAAAAGGUUUGAGGCUCUUGAAUGCCAAUGUAGACCAGUCAUGCAUCAUCAGAAGAAAUUACUUGUGCUAACUUUGCCAUCAAACU